AUGGAGAGUUUGAGAAGCACCAUAAAAGAGCAGCUUAGGAAGAUAGAACACCAAAUAGACAAGAUAACCUUUCUCCACACAAAUCCAACACAGGUCAAAGAGGUGAAGAAGGCGCUCAAUACUUUGGACAAUCCCCAAGAAGUUCUUAGACGAUGCAUUGCUAGAAUGGACAAGCUGAACUUACAGAUAAACCCAAUGAGACACGCCAUGUCUAGUAUUCCAUCCAUAGAAGAGCAGUUGAAGUAUUUAUAUGAAAGAAGAAAAACAUUCGACGAAAACAAGACCUAUGCUUUCCUCGUCAAAAACAAGGCUGAUGUCAUGCUUUCCAAUAAAAAGGCUGCAUUCAAGAGCAAAGGGAAGACAUUAAGCUAUGAGUUCAAAGAGAAGCUCACCGGAUUUCUAACCAGGAGAGGUUGCAUCUCAUGGAGUGAUGAGAAAAUAGACGACUUCAUCAGCUCAAUGAUGAAGUAA